CAACCUAUAAGACGAGGCUUCAAAACAGAAUGGCAACCAUUUAAAAGCCAACGACUACCACCCCCAAGGAGAACGACAAACACCAAAGUGAACGAACUCAGACACAAAAACAUCCACCAUGCUACCAGCGGGUGCACAAACCAUCCGAUUCAGGAAACCGACCAACAACUCAUCAGCCUCCAAGGCCGCUGACAGUAGCGAGAAACUCAAGGCCGCCAAGCACUUCGUCGUCAAAGACACACUGAUUGCCGAACAGAUCAACAGGAAUAGACCUCCAUGGGUACCCAAACUAUCCGUCGCCUUUCGGAUCCUCGUCCUAGUUCGUUUCUGUGCUGCCAUGUACAGCUCGAUCAGCGACUGUGACGAAACGUUCAACUUCUGGGAGCCAACCCAUUAUCUAGUCCAUGGGAAAGGCUUUCAAACUUGGGAAUACUCUCCAGACUAUUCGAUCCGCUCUUGGUUCUUUAUCUUAAUCCACUCCUUCCCAGCCUGGCUAGCUAGUAAAGCCUUCCCGUUAGACAAGAGACCAGGUUUUUUUGCAAUCAGGGCCAUGUUGGCCUUCCUAUCCUCUUACACCGAAGCAAAACUCUACCGCGCUAUUGCCGAUCACAUUAAUCCUCGCGCAGCGCGUUACUACUUGAGCAUGUCUCUCUUUAGUGCCGCAAUGUGGAGUGCCAGCACAGCAUAUCUGCCCUCGGCGUUCGCAAUGCAAGCAAUCACCUUGGCCUACUCCUACGUCCUCGAGCCGGUGUCCUCCAAAUCGACCAGCGGUCACCGUACAUUCCUCUCGUGUCUGUUCUUUGUCAUCGCCACCGUAGCCGGAUGGCCUUUCGUCGGCGUUCUAGCUUUGCCCUUUGCACUUGAAGAACUCAGCUUGUACGGUGAUGAUGAAGUGAUGCCAGCCUCGCGACCGGGAUGGGCAGCCUCUCGCUUCAAUCGACUCUUCGUCUAUGGCCUCGCCUGCGUGGUCAUGAUCUCCGCGCCGAUCGUGUUUGUCGAUUGGCUCGCAUACGGGAAGUUGCUCUUUGUCCCGCUCAACAUUGUCAUGUACAACGUCUUCCCUGGCAAGUUUGGUGCGAGUGCCGGCGGCCCUGAACUCUAUGGAACCGAACCAGCCUAUUUCUACCUGCUCAACUUGCUCCUCAACUUCAACAUCGUCUUCAUCCUCGCCCUACUUUCGAUUCCUCUCGUCUUGUUCACCAGUCGGUUUUCGAAGACCAGAGGCGUCCGACUCGGCCAGAAACUCCGGCUUGCCAACCAAACCCCAUCCUCUCAUUUGUUGAUCGUCCGUCUCGUGCCUGUAUACGCUUGGAUCGCACUCAUGUCUCAACAACCUCACAAGGAAGAAAGAUUCAUGCAACCCAUCUACACUCUUAUCUCAUUCAAUGCCGCCGUCUCUCUAUCGUUGAUCAGAGGCUGGAUGGAAGAUAUCUUUGUCAAGAUGACAUCAUCUCCUUACAGAGCGGGCCGGACGAGCAUAUUUUCUACGUUUACCAGGACAGUGAUCUUGACAAGCUCUUGGAUUGCGAUUGCGCGGAUCCUUGCGCUCCAGAAGUAUUACCAUGCGCCCCUUGACCUGAUGUUCCAUUUCCAAUACAACGAGCUACCGGUACGAGCGAUCCAAUCGCACCCGGCGGAGUAUACAUACCUGCGUCUGAACACCUCGAUGCCGAUACUGGAGGCGAUCGAGCAUGCCGAAUACACGCUCGAUCUGGGCCCGUUGGCCAAGGAAAAGCUCACGCUCUGUCUCGGCGACAGCUGGUUCCGCUUCCCCACCCAGUUCCUCGUCCCCGAUCCCAUCAACGUCGAGUUCGUCAAGAGCCCCUUCGAAGGUAUCUUGCCCUCCAAGUUCCAAUCCUCCCCCAAGAAGGAUCAGUUCGAUGGCUCUCGUCAACUCAAACUGGAACCCCAGUCCUCCGCUACCUCCACCGCCCAUCCUUUCAGCAAGUGGCUAUGGAGACGGAGAGGGACUCGAACGAACGGUGGGAAGUUCAACGCUCAAAAUAAAGAGGAGGCCGAUCGAUAUGUUGACCCAGAGAGCCAAUGCUCGUAUGCGAUCGGGCUGAAUUACCCGCACCGGAGUUCAGGCUGGCGCGGGAACGAGUUUGAAGACGCGACGCUGUGGGAGCCUCGGCGGUGCGUCAAGAUGCUAGAUGCCCAGGAGACCCCGACAGCCUUCAGGACGGUCUGGCUGCCCCUCCCUUGGUGGACGGAUGCUCAUGUUGGUGACCGUAAAGGAAAACUUAGCUUCGGCGAACUCUGUCUCUAUAAACGUAGAUCUUGAGGGCCCCGCUUCUAUUCCCUGACGGCUCUUCUGUGUGUCUUGGUGCUCUAUACCUGUAUCUAGCUCUCCUCAUCUCUCUUUCUCUCUUCUAUUCGUUUCUGUCCUAUCGUCAUUGCUUGUGUGGGUGUGUGUGUUCAUGCAGCUGUGUAUAUGUGUCUCUUCUGCUCUUUGCCCUAUUAAGCCCUUUUUUCAUCCAGCUUCAUUAUGGAAGCCAAUGACUUUCCUCGUACAAAAAACCAUAUUCUUAUCCAUCUAGCUGAAAGGGGAUGUAAAUAUAUAUGUGUUCUUUCUGUGGAAAUAACGUACUGUAGACCAAA